UUGGAGAUUCACUCUGUCCUGAAGGGUUUGGGAGUGAGACUGUGACUGGCAGAGAGGGUUUCCAUGUCCUAAUGGAUCAGUGAUGGUGGUGUUUAGUCUGACUGUUGCCACGGAGAUGGAGGAAGACACCCAGGUGGCUUGUGCUAGCUUCAGUACUGAGCUGGUGAGACGAGGCAUUGCAACGGGCUCCAGGUCUUUGUGUGCAGCCUGAACAGGACCAGCCUCCAAAUUCACCCCAUCCUCUGGCUGCCAUGGGGCCCAGGACCCCUUUGCUUUCUUUUUGGGUUUGCACCUUUGCCAAGACAGGGAUUUUGUUCCCAGGAGGCACUCCCCGGCCCAUGGGAUCUCAGCAUUCAAAGCAACACAGGAAACCUGGGCCCCUGAAACGGGGCCACCGAAGAGAUCGGAGAACAACCAGGAGGACGUACUGGAAGGAAGGAAGGGAGAUCGCUCGUGUCUUAGAUGAUGAGGGCAGCAACCUGAGGCAGCAGAAGCUUGACCGGCAGCGGGCCCUGCUGGAGCAGAAGCAGAAGAAAAAGCGCCAGGAGCCCCUGAUGGUGCAGGCCAACGCCGACGGGCGGCCCCGGAGCCGGCGGGCCCGGCGGUCGGAGGAGCAGGCCCCCCUGGUGGAGUCCUACCUCAGCAGCAGCGGCAGUGCCAGCUACCAAGUUCAGGAGGCCGACUCGCUUGCCAGUGUGCCAUUGGGAGCUACCCGCCCCACAGCGCCGGCCUCAGCCAAGAGAACCGAGGCAGCCGCCGCGGCGGGGGGCCAGGGCGCGGCCUCCGGGAAGAAGGGGAGGCACCCAGGCACCAGCGGGCCAGCAGCACUGGCAGAAGACAGGCCCGAGGCCCGAGGCCCCAUGCGGAUCCUGACUGUGGGCCAGGCAGACCACGCCUGGGAUGGUGGGGAGACAGCCGCUGGUGGGGGCACACGGCCCAGUGGGCAGGACAUCCGUGCUAUGAUGCAGAGGAAGGGCGUCUCCAGGAGCAUGAGCUUCGAAGAGGAGGAGGAGGAUGAGGACGAGAACAGCUCCAGCUCCUCCCAGCUGAACAGCAACACCCGCCCCAGCUCUGCGACGAGCAGGAAGUCGAUCAGGGAGGCAGCCUCAGCCCCCAGCCCCCCAGCCCCAGAGCCGUCGGUGGAUGUCGAGGUCCAGGAUCUUGAGGAGUUUGCCCUGAGGCCGGCCCCGCAGGGGAUCACCAUCAAGUGCCGCAUCACACGGGACAAGAAGGGCAUGGACCGGGGCAUGUACCCCACCUACUUUCUGCACCUGGACCGUGAGGAUGGGAGGAAGGUGUUCCUCCUGGCGGGAAGGAAGAGAAAGAAGAGCAAAACUUCCAAUUACCUCAUCUCUGUGGACCCAACAGACUUGUCUCGAGGAGGGGACAGCUACAUCGGGAAACUGCGGUCCAACCUCAUGGGCACAAAGUUCACCGUUUAUGACAAUGGAGUCAACCCUCAGAAGGCAUCAUCCUCUACUUUGGAAAGUGGAACCUUACGUCAGGAGCUGGCUGCUGUAUGCUACGAAACAAAUGUUUUAGGUUUCAAGGGGCCGCGGAAGAUGAGUGUGGUUGUCCCAGGCAUGACCAUGGUUCACGAGAGAGUCUGUAUCCGGCCCCGCAACGAGCAUGAGACGCUGCUAUCACGCUGGCAAAAUAAGAACACGGAGAGUAUCAUCGAGCUGCAGAACAAGACGCCUGUCUGGAAUGACGACACGCAGUCCUACGUACUCAACUUCCACGGGCGCGUCACUCAGGCCUCCGUGAAGAACUUCCAGAUCAUCCACGGCAAUGACCCGGACUACAUUGUGAUGCAGUUUGGCCGUGUAGCAGAGGACGUGUUCACCAUGGAUUACAACUACCCAUUGUGUGCGCUGCAGGCCUUUGCCAUUGCCCUGUCCAGCUUCGACAGCAAGCUGGCCUGCGAGUAGAGGCCACCUCGUGCCCUCUGGGGUUGCCCAGCCUGGAGUGGAGCUGCCUGCCUGCGGAGACAGCCCUGCUGACCCCUGUACAUAGGCCUCGUGCCAGGUGACCCUUUGGCUCUCAGUGGGCUCCUGGGCCCAGCCAUCCAGGAACUGGCUCCUGCGCCUCCACUGCUGAGGCAGAGGAGUGGGGGGAUAUGAAGGGACCAGCGUGAAUUCUUUGUGCCCCAAGAUCAACACCCCCCCACCCUUGGGUUAGUGUGCUGCUGCAGUCGUGUUUGCCAAGCUGAGCAGCCUCUUCGGCCAGGGAGGCAGGAAGGUGUAGAGGGAGAGGAAGCACAGUGCAGGGCUGCUGGGGCCCAGCCAGGCACUCAGCC